UUGCCUUGGUGCACGGAAGGCCUCAGUGUCAGAGCAGCCCUAGGGCUUGCUCAGAGCAGGAGCACCCUGCGCCUUGAGGCAUUUGUCAGUGGGCAGCUGCACACUGACAGGAGCCUUGUUUGUUCUAGUGUUGGAGCACAGCGUGCAAACUUGCACGGCAGUGCUACAAUGAUUCAGCAGCUUGCUGCUGCAGUGGUUACUGUUUAUGGCGUUACUUAUUCCGGCUAUUUUCUGACUCACCUGGCACGUCACAUAAAACAUGUAUUCAGCGGAGCUGAUCCUGAGGAGACAAAUGCAACAGCCAUCUCUCCCCUGGCUCCCUCUGCUCCUGGAGAAGAAGCCAAAAAGGAGCAAAGGGAGCAAGAUGACCACGACACUCCAGCCGUGGUCACGGCCCAGCCUGAUCAUCCCAAGAGAGUCUUUGUAGAGAAAGAGCAGGAUGAGACUCCUUUACCAGAGAUGCCAUGCCAGGCUCAGGGAGAGCUGUUCCCAGCCCGAGAGCAGGAAGAGCAGCUCAGGCAGCAGGUGGAAGAGCCACAGCAGAAUGGCCAGAACCUUUACAAACAGAUGCCGGCAGAGGUUCAGGAAACUGAGGCUAGGAACAAGGCAAGGGAGAAGGGGGAAGAAGAAAUAAUUGAAAUCAUCAUAAAGAAAUUUAAACCCGUCCUUCAGGAAAGAAUGCCUCUAGAAGAGAAAGUGCAUGUGUUGACAUCCUACCUGGCAGACUACAAAAUGUUCCAGCAAAUGACAGCAGACCAAGACCCCCGAGGCUGGAGUGAGGUCCAGGAACCAAACCAACCAGAGAUGCUGCAGGAUGAGCACAUCCCGAGGAUGGUGGAGGAAAAGAUAAUUCCACAGCAGGAGAUCUACACCGGCUUUGUCAGUGAAGCUGCUGCAGCAGCAGCAGCAGCAGCAUCCCAAGGAGCCUUUGCUCUCCAGCCGGAGAAGUGGAGCUGGGGCACUUGGUUCACCUCCUGCACUGACCCAGCUGCCGCUCAGCAACAGCGGAUCGAGGAUGACUCCCUGCAGCAAUGGAGGAGAAUGGUGAAGAUGGAAAAUCCCAUGAUGAAAUACACGGAACUGGAAUAUAUUGGCAGUGGGACUUUUGGAGAUGUUUGUAAAGCACUCGACACUGCCACAGGAGGAGAGGUGGCCAUAAAGAAAAUAAAUCUUCAAGGACUGAUCAGAAGGAAAGUAACCUUUAAGGAACUCAUGGUCAUGAAAAUUUAUAAGCACCCAAACAUUGUGAAUUAUUUAAAGAGCUACCUUCUGGGUGAUGAACUCUGGCUGGUUAUGGAGUACAUGGACGGAGGUGCCCUGAGCGAUGUCAUCAAUGAGAUUCACAUGUCUGAAAGAGAGAUUGCAGCCGUCAGUCGGGAGUGCCUGCAAGGACUGGAUUUUCUUCACUCAAACUACAUGAUCCACCAAGAUCUGACGAGCAGCAACAUCCUUCUCAGAACCGACGGCUCUGUCAAACUGGCUGACUUUGGCCUCUUUGCUCAGCUCACCCCUAAGCAGAAUAGAUGGAGCUCCAUGGCCGGCACUUCCGGGUGGAUGGCGCCUGAAGUGGUGACAGGUCAACCAUAUGGCCCCAAAGUGGACAUAUGGUCUUUUGGAAUCGUGGGCAUUGAAAUGGUGGAACGACAAGUUCCGUACUGGAAAGAAACUUCUGGCAUGCCUCGACUCGUGAUAGAUAUACGAGGGACACCAAGGCUGUAUCAGCCCAACCUAUUUUCACCUUGCCUGCGUGACUUCCUGAGCAUCUGCAUGCAGGCAGACAAGGAGCAGCGCUGGUCUGCCAAGGAGCUCCUGCAGCAUCCAUUUGUAACAUCUGCUGAGCCUGCAUCCAGCCUGGUGCCACUGCUUGUUGCAGUGAAGAAGAGGACAGAGACAAGACAAGACAUCAGCACCACUUAGUUAUCAACAAGCUUAGAGCAGGAUUGUAGGUUAGGAUAAGGGUAAGGUUUAGGGUUAGGCUUAGGCUUAGGCUUAGGCUUAGGUUUAGGCUUAGUUUAGGCUUAGGUUUAGGCUUAGGCUUAGAUUUAGGCUUAGUUUAGGCUUAGGCUUAGGUUUAGGCUUAGGCUUAGGCUUAGAUUUAGGCGUAAAUUUAGGUUUAGGUUUAGGCUUAGGCUUAGGCUUAGGCGUAAGUUUAGGCUUAGGUUUAGGCGUAAGUUUAGGCUUAAGUUUAGGCUUAGGUUUAGGAUUAGACUUAGGCUUUGGGUUAGGCUUAGGACUAGGUUUAGGACUACGGUUACGGUUAGAGUUAGUGUUAUGACUAGGUUUAGGUUUAGGUUUAGUGUUAGAGUUACAACUAGUCUUAGGGGGCUAGGGUUAGGGUAUGAUUGUGUAAUAGGUCUGCCAAGUAGGAUUUGAAAUUAAUAAAAUAUUUCAAACCACAA